CUUCUGCUAUUAGAUGAAGCACGGUGAUAACGCAUUAAGUUGUUGUAUAAGUAGAUGGUUGAAAACAUAGUGAUAUUAGGAUAAUAUCAAUAAAUAAAUCAAUAGGAUUAGCAUUAGGAUUUCAACAAACUUCUGGCUGUCUUUUUGAGUGGGUGAAAAAAAUAUUUAAAUUUCAUUGGAUCAACGUCUUAAUUAAAUAUUACCCACUUUUACACGUUGAAAUGACGUGGUGUGCCCAGUGGGAAAGGAUUAUUGACCUUUGAACCCAGCAUCGAUUUGUCUGUGCUUUGCUGUCUCCCUGACCUAAUCAGUGGCCAAAGUCCCCUCUGCCUCUCACACAGACACAGUCAGUACUCUCAGAGUCUGUUUAAAUGUGGACGUCUUCCUCUCAGACGAACCUGCGCAGUGACUUUCUACCAGGCCACCAUGCUUCCCCGUACCGUAUCCUUCCUCCUGCUCUUCAUCUUCCUCUCCCCUGGGAUGUCUGCUUCUCUGGUCAGCAGGACGACCCGCGAAGAGGACGGCCCUCCUGCUGUUCCGACCUCGUUCAGGGUUGCCACCUCUGCUGCUGUAGGUGUUCCGUCGGAGGUUGAUACCGUGCAGGCAGGUGGCCCGGUCGUUGAUGAUACUCCUUCAGCUGAGGCUGUGGCAGAAGCCCUAGUGACAAAUGAGCCUGUUACAGAUGCCGCUGUAGCUGACGAGGUUGUAGCCAUAGAGCCGGUUAAGGACACCCCAGUUGCUGAUGCUCUGGUAGCAGAUGCCCCUGUAGACGCCUUUAUCAUAACAGAAGAAGAAACAGAGGCCCUGAUAACAGAAGCAAUGAUUAAAGAGUUGUCUGCCCGGGUGGAGAAGGAAGACCUCGCUGAAGAGACAGAGAUUCAAGACGCCAUCUUGAAAGAGUUGGCUGACCGGGAGACCCUUGGGAAGGCAGUGGAGGAGCCCAUUGAAGAAGCAGCAGAGGCAUAUGCUCCAGGGGAGGAUCCAGCCAGCUCUGAGAUACUUGUCUUCGAAGCCCAGGAAGAGGACUCUGGAUGGGGGUUGGCUUCCGUCAGAGAGAGCCUCCAGGCAGCCAACGGAUACUUUGACUCUCUUGUGGAACUGAUGGGGGGACGCAAUGGAGUGUGUCAAUACAAGUGCAAAUACGGUAAAACACCUGUGCAUCGCUAUGGUUACGUGACCCCAGAGCCCAACGGUUGCAGCUCCAACCUCCUAGGAUUCCAGGUACCAGACGGUUUUGACAUUGGCAUCCCAGCCAUGACUCAGUGCUGUAACCAGCUGGACAGUUGCUAUGACACCUGUGGCUCCAACAAGUACCGCUGUGACUCCAAGUACCGCUGGUGUCUCCACGCUAUCUGCUCUGACCUGAAGAAAAGCUUGGGGUUCGUGUCAAAGGUCAAAGCCUGUGAGACCGUAGCAGAUGCUCUGUACAACACUGUGUGGACGCUGGGCUGCAGAUCCUUCAUGAACAGCCAGAGGGAAGCAUGUUACUGUGAGGGAGAGGAGAGGGACGAGCUGUAGAGGACCCCAGCUGGGACACAACACAACACUACUCAACAGGAGAGAAAGCUGGGAGGAGAGGGACGAGCUGUAGAGGACCAGGCUGGGACACAACACAACUCAACACGAGAGAAAGCUGGGAGGAGAGGGACGAGCUGUAGAGGACCAGGCUGGGACACAACACAACACUACUCAACAGGAGAGAAAGCUGGGAGGAGAGGGACGCGCUAUAGAGGACAUGCAGGACAAUAUCCUCUUGCGAGAAUCAUCAAUGGAAAGGGUGCUUGGAACUCAACAUGGAUUCAUACAGUGGGACUUCACACCGCACAAAUUAGAAUAUUACUUUAUUAUUAUUAACUUAGAAAAUAUAACCAUUUUUCUAUUACCACAUGAAAACACGACAGAGGCUUUAGGCUUGAUGAGGAAAGCCCUAACAAGACUUUACCAAUGAG